AUGCCUCACGCUACCCCUCAGCUUUACCAAUACUCCCACGUCCAAGAGACUAGGGAAAAUCUGGAAUGGGCAGAUUUGUCGAACAUCGAUCUCUUAAAGUACGGAACCCCUGAAGGCAACACCGAGCUCGCAGAUACCCUCAUCGAGGCUAUCCGGACCAAGGGCUUCUUCUACGUCACCAACUUUGGAAUAUCGCAGGAGAGAGUCGAUAGGCAAUUCGCGCUGGGCCAGGCGUUUUACGAGCUUCCACUCGAGGAGAAGCUCAAGUACACCCCGGACCUCGACUCAGGCGAUUACAAUGGCUACCGGCCUGCCGGGAGGCGGGUGCUGAGCGGCGGCAUCGUUGACAAGACUGAGGUUUGGAACAUGGCUACCAAGGAUGGUCACAUUACUCAACCUAUUCCCCAACUGCUUAAGGAUAACUUGGAAGAAAUUGAGGUCUUCGCCAAGGACCUGCACGACAAGAUUCUCGACCCGCUUAACCAUCUUAUCGCACUGGCGCUGGAGCUGCCGCCCGACUUCUUCACCAAGGUUCACAAGUGGGAGACGCAUGACGAGUCUCACCUGCGGUACAUGAAGUACUCAAAGUUCAGCGAACGCGAGAUCGAGCAGCUGGCCGACGGGCUGUGGUCGCGCGGGCACACGGACUUGGGCACCAUCACUCUGCUAUUCCGGCAGCCAGUGGCCGCGCUGCAAAUCCGCGACCACAAGACUGGCAACUGGAAAUGGGCCAAGCCGCUCGACGGCAGCCUCACGGUCAACACGUGCGACGCCCUCAACUUUCUGACUGGUGGCUACAUCAAAUCUACCGUGCAUCGCGUGUCGGUCCCGCCCAAAGAUCAGCGUCACGUCGACCGCCUCGGUCUAUUGUACUUUGCCCGCCCCCAGAACGACCUCGUGCUCAAGACGAUCGACUCGCCCGUACUGAAGCGCGCCGGCUUCACGCAGAAUGAGUUCGAGCAGGGCGGCCACAAGGUGCCCACGAUGGGAGAGUUCACCACGCUUAAGCAGCAGUGGCAGCAGAGGAAAGGAACCAGCUACGAGUCCUCCGAAGGCCAGCAGAUACUACCGGGUUUCAAGGGCCAGUACUUUGCAUGA